GACAGGUUCUCCCUCUUUCGGAGCUUUUUAAAAUAAAUCUUUAGUAAACUCUCCCCGCACUACAAAUGACUGAUUUAAUAAACACAGAAUGGCGUCAUUCUUUCUUCUCUCAGAGUCUACCAAGACCAGGAAACAUUAGCUUCAACCGAUGACGUCUCUUCUUCAGUAGAACGAGAGAACAUAGCAGCAGAUUCCGAUCUUCUCGAGAACCAUCUUCUUCAUCAAAGAAGAGAAUCCCCGAGAAAGCAAGUGUCCUCGUGGUUAAGGAAUAAAACAGUAUGUCAAGAAAGUGGCCAACCUUUGGACCUCAUUAUUCCCCAACAAGAACGACUUUUGGUGUGUUCUAGAAUAUGUUCACAUUCUUUACCAUCCAGGUCUGUUGUCCAACCAUCGGACAUCACGAUGUCGCUUUCCAGUUCUUCAGUGUCUUCUUCCUCCUCUUCAUUACCUCGUCGCCAUGAUCGUAUCUCCAGUUUUAGCCUUAACGAUCUUUCAUCGAUUGGAUAUCAACACAAAAAGGUCGCGGAAAGGUGCAUCAAAAAGUUUAUUUCCUUUACAGACCUUAGGACCUUAAAGAGUGGAGAACGUCUAGAUGAACUCAGUGCUGUUGAUCGUUACGAAUACAGGAAUUUCAACUUGAAUCUUCCCAGCCAUCGGUCUGCCCUUUUACUUCAAAACGCCUUGGAUGUUCAACAUCUCUACUCAAUGCCCAAAGAUGACAUUAUACGAAUGUGGAGAAUCACGGAGAGGCAGAUGUUUAACACAUUAAGAGAGGCCUUGAAACAAAAAGCAGAAUUAGAGGAGAAGCUCUCGUUUCUUCAGAAGGCUCUUCUACGUCCACCCUGAAGAAGAAGAAAGUAAACGUUCCAUAGUGAGAACCACCCGCUAGGACUAAACAUAUACACCACGUAUGUUUUUGCUUCUCUUUUUUCAUACAGCUACAACCUAUAGGCAAGACUUUCAACCAAAAAUGUUUUUGUGUGUGAAAAGUUAUGCAACAUUCAGAUUGACUUGAAAGUUGAAAUG